AUGAGCUACCUACUCUUGAAGUACUUUUUCCUUGGUAAAAAAAGAAAACGUCACAGAAGACCUCAUCAAGUACCUGGUCCAACUUUACAGGAACAAAUUUUGGAACGUGUGGAAGAAGGUGGUCCACGUGAAUAUACCUUAGUAAAAAAACGCAGAGAACCAAGAUAUGUUCCAACGGGAACGAAGAGGCCAAAAAAAAAUGGUUUCCAUCGCCCCGUUAGUCGACGUACCAUUAUUGAUAUCCAUUUAGAAGUCUUAGACGAAUGUCAGAAGGGGGACCUACAUUCGACGAAACAGGACUUUUUUGAAAUUUUGGUCCAAGAAUUUAUGGGAAGCGAAUUCAUAAAGGAAGACUUUGUUCCUAAGAAAGAAGUUCCUACGGAACGGGUUGCAAGUUCAGAUUCGGGGUUUAAGGAGGAAGACUUUGUUCCUAAGGAAGGAUAUUCCUAA